AUGAAUGAUACCGACAGUCAGUACACUUUUAAAUUAUUCAACUUUGAAUUAGUGGAGUCUUCCGAGGAUUGUCCGGUUCCGGAACCGAGAAAUGCCCACCGUAUCGUGUGUAACUCGAAAUCGCUGUAUCUCUACGGAGGGUAUAAUCCGAAAGCGGCAAAUGACGGCUACCAAGAACUGUGGGAGUUCAACUUUUGCACGAAGAGAUGGAGGAUGUUCGAUAUAACGGGCAACUUUCCCGAAGAGGUGAUCUCGUGCUCUGUUCUACGUCGCAAAGAUAAACUGGUGGUGUACGGUGGCACGGGUGUUCCGUUCGCGUUCAAGUGCAGCAAUAAGUUGUACACGAUUAAGCUAGACGAGGAGGUUCGAAUUUCGUCGCUUGUCGUUCACGGUAAGAAGCCGAAGCGGCAGUAUGGCCAGUCGGUGGUAAUGCACAAGAAUAUGCUGUACACGGUCGGUGGGACCGACUGCUUCUCUUAUAAUUGUGAUGUGCACAGGGUGAACUUAAAUAAACACUCGCGCGUGUGGAAGCAAUUGUAUUCUAAAACGGAGACUGCCCAGCAGUGCAACGGUGUCUACCACCCUAUCGGACGUUACAGGCACGAACUUGCAUUUGACGGUAAAAACAUAUACAUGAUCGGCGGAGGGACCGCUAUAUCGUCCUUCGAUUUGGUCGACAUCCCCAUUUUCAACACACGAACGCGCAAAUGGAAACAGAUCAAGGCUAAACCCGAUCCGACCAACAAUUAUCCGGCCAAUCGCCGGUGUCACGCUCUCGCCCAGAUGAAGACCGCCGAUGAUGUGCACGUCUUCGUGCUGGGAGGAUACGAGAACAACGAGGAGGCCUUCAACGAUCUGUGGCGAUUGGAACUGUCGACGUUGCAGUGGACGCUGUUGGCUCGUAACGUUUUACCGAAAUCUCCGUACUUCCAUUCGGUCGCGCUCACACGCGAGGGUAAAUUGUACGUGUUCGGCGGAAUGGAAGGUGGGACCACGUUGCGGCGGAAUAACAAGCUAUUUUCUGCGUGGGUUAGGAUUCCGACGUUAGCGGAAAUUGCCUGGGAGGCUUUUUUGCAUUACUUUCCAGAUAUUGCCCGAACGAAUAAAAUUAAUAGGCUACAAUUACCUAAUCGUUUUCUAAGCAGAAUUGAUUAA